CAAUAAUUAAUUGUGAUGCUUCACAUUCCAGAUGUAGUAAUCGGUAUUGAAAGAGCCAAUCAUAAACACUUCGAUGACAUCUACGAAACCUAAAAACUAGCAAACCCUGUUAAGAUCUCCAUGAUUAAAAUCCAAUAUAACAAAGAGCAUGUCACAGGAGUCAAGCUUAAAUACAAAGCAAUUGAUGGAAGAGUAGCUAAAGGAACUUGCUCAAUGAAGUUCAAAUUGCUCGGAGGCUUGCUCUCUGGAACAAAAAAAGAAAAAUACAAUAUAGCUGACGGUAAUAAUUUAAUAUUAUGAUUCAGAUGAUUACAUCAAAGAAAUACAUGGAUAUGUUGGCACAGAAAUCAAUCAAUUUGGAUUUACAACUUACAAAGGAGUUAGUCACAGGUGCGGUAUAGCAAAAGGAGUGUCGUUUUCUCAUCACUUUCCACUUCAUACAUUCUCCUCAGCAAGGGGCUCCUACGAUAAGUUCUUGGACUUUAUAGCCUUUAGAGUAGUGCCUCUUACUCCUGAUUAAUUGAAAAAAUUGGUAAUAGAUAUAGCAAUAUUCGAAGGGAUUGGGCUAAGGCAAUGUUAAUGUUGUUGUUACAUAAGUCACUCAACCUCCUCCUCCUCAACCAUAGCUCCAAUAGCCUGGAUAGUACCCUCCACCAGGAUAGUAUCCUCCCCCUGGAUAAUACCCACCUCCUGGAUAGUAUCCACCUCCUGGACAAUACCCACCCCCUGGACAAUAUCCACCACCUGGAUAACAACCUCCUCCUGGGCAAUACCCUCCUCCAGGAUAUCCAGGACAACAACCACCACCUGGGUAAUAUCCUCCCCCUGGACAAUAUCCACCACCUGGGUAGUACCCUCCUCCUGGAUAAUAUCCACCACCUGGAUAGUAUCCUCCUCCUGGAUAAUAUCCCCCUGGGUAGUAUCCCCCUGGACAGUAUCCUCCUCCUGGAUAAUACCCUCCACCAUAAAAUACUACUGUUAUUAUCGAGUAGUAAGGUCCUCCACCCCCUCAAUAACAUAGUGGUGGAGGCGGUGCCGUAGCUGGAGCACUUAUUGGAGGUGCUUUGAUUGGUGCUGCUUUGGCAAACGAUCACCACCAUCAUCAUCAUGGUCCCAAUGUUGUAGUGGUGAAAAAGCACGGUCAUCAUCAUUGAAUUUAUUUAGCCAUUAUUCAAUAUAU